AUGGCAUCUACCAGAGCUAGCCCAGCUUGUGGGAACUGCAGGUCGAGGAGAAUCAAGUGUAAUCUUCUCCGGCCAAGAUGCAGCCAGUGCGCUCGAGCUGGUCUAGGCUGCACUGGCUAUAGGUCUCAGUCAGACCUACUUUUUCGAGAUCAGACCAAGUCAACAAUUCGAAAGUUGCAUGCUUCAAGUACCAGGGUGGUCGCGCCUAACAAGCAUGCCACGAGUUGGAGCCCAGUCGUAACAAGGCCCACUUUCAAUGUCGAAGAACUUGCAAAAAAAGUAUUUUCCGACAACUUUGCGAUCUUGGGAGACGGAUGCAAGCACUGGAUGGACUCCGGUGCGGAGAACCCAUCUUCCGCGACUAUCAGCCUCACCUCUGUUGGCCUCGCUGCACUCGCUGUUGUCCACAAAGACCCUGAUAUGAUGGAUCUGGCGCGCAGGAAAUACGACUUUGCUAUAAGGGUCCUUAGUAAAGCUAUUAUAAGCCACAAAGGCUCUGGGAUUGAACAAUUUAUCGCUGGCAGUUUCAUUUUGUUUAUUUUCGAGAUGAUAACAUGCGAUAACCACUCCUCUUCAAAUGCCUGGCAAAAGCAUGUUCACGGCGCUGCUGCAUUCUUUGGCUAUUUUUGUUCCACCAAUGGUCUGCCAGUCUCACCGGUGAAGGAGAUUAUAGAGAUCUGCUACACAACAACACUUGCGUGUCUUAUCAGUGGCAAAAAGGUUCCGUACUUUUUACUGGAAUUACCAGGUCGUUUUGGUGCGUCAUCAGAUACGUCAGAAUCCGAUGAGGAUCCCUUGUUAUCAGCAAUGAGACUCUUUGCUAUCAUGAGCACUUUGGUGAAUAUUCGUGCGCUGGCAAACCAGAGCUUCUCCCCACGCAACCAGCUAGUUGUACUGGCCAUAAAAAAAGAUCAAGCCCUCCACAAUUGGGCAUCUUCACUUCCUGCGUCGUGGACCUAUCACAAGCUUCCCAUGGGACAACAAUACAUUUAUCAGGACGUCUGGUAUGCUCAAAUGUGGAACUACUAUCGCCUAGCCCGCAUUCUAGUCAAUCGGAUAAUCAUUGACAAUUGCGACAUCGUGUCCCCCGCAAUGCUUCCAGGUGAUAUUUUCAAAUUACAACAUGCCCAGUCAUAUGCCGCUAUUUCGUUCCUGUCACAGGAGAUCUACAGCAGUCUUCCUUUCAUGUUCAAUUUGGAACAAAUGGCUGCUACCUCUCUACCACUAUCAGCAGCCCUUUUCUUCACAAUCACUCUAUUGCAAUCUCUCUUGGAACUCACAGAUAAAGCUGCUCUCAUUCAAGACUGGUCGUCUCCAGCAUCUAAUAUCCUAGGAGAAAGGUUUACUUUUACGAAGAGCAUAGUGAUGCAGAAUCUUCGCUAG